CCUUCUGAACCUUCUUUUUUUCGCCCCGCCAACGAAAACACCACCAAGCCUUACGUUUUCGCGCAUCGCGAACCACACCACCCGCUACCCAUAUGACGUCGCCUGCGAAUCAGCAGAACCCCAUCCCGGCGACCAACACCAACGCUCCUACGGCAACUUCAUAUGCCUCCGCAGCAGGUGCGCCAAAGAAGCCCGCUCAGGCGCCUGUAGUUGCGCCCGGCUCAAACGCCCCCCUGGUAGUUGGCUCGGCUGCCUCGACGGCACAGAAUGCCAAAGCUGCCUCAACUCCUUCUCCAGUAAACGGCAAACAGGCCGCGGCCCCCACCGUCGCUCGCGGCAGCACUCUCAACGGCUCUGCCCCCGAUCAUCUUCGAAAAGGCUCCGUCACCAUGGCUGCCAACGGCCCCAGCGGCUUCGUCCCCAACGGCGGCUCCAUUGGCGCCGCCAAGUCUGCCAUCCAGUUUGGAUACGACUCGCCUGCCAUGGGCCACAGCACUCCUCACGUUGGCCACUCGGCUCCUAUCCCCGUUCCUGAGGGCAACAGCCACCACCGAGUGCCCUCUCCUGCUCACUCUCCUGCGCCGAUUCCCCAGCCCUCUGCUAGCGGUGGCCGACCUCCGUCGAGCCUGCAGCAGCCGACCAACCAGAUGACCUUUGGUAGCCUUGGAAGUGACGGCGAUCGCCAUAUGAGACAAGGCUCCGUGCCUUCAAACCAGAACCUGGCAUCUCAACCCAACUCACACUUCCGCCGCGAGUCUAGCCAUUCUGUGCAGAGCGACAACAGCCGUGGCAACUUCAACCCUCAGAACAACCGAAACCGUGCCUCAUUCAACCCUCAUGCUGCCCAGUUCAACAACAACCACCAGAUGGGAUACCCUCCCAACAACCAAUAUCGACCUGGCCCUAACCAGAACCGCGGCAUGCCUGCUUUCCAGCCGAAUCGACCUUACCCGAACUCGCCGCAGCCCAUGGCCCGAAGCCCUGCUCUGCCGCAUUCACAGCCCGGCACCCCCAGCAUGGCUAAUGCCAUGCCAGGCAUGGGAGGAGCAUCUCCUCAAUUCCAUUACCCGCCACCAAUGGCGCCGCAGCAUCAACAACAAGUACAGUACCCCCUUCCUGCAGUGUUAAAAAUGCAUUAUUCCAAGCCCAACUGCAAAAAGACAAAGGGCCGUCGUGAGCACGACAGGUCUUUUCAGACGGGACGCCCCUUGGACCCCGCGCGUGAGCCAUAUACCAGCGACGUUCUGCAGCAGCAACAGCAGCAGCAUCAACGCCGCUUCGGCAACUAUGGCCAACGUGCAGAUACAAUGCGGCGAACCCACGACAAGAACAAUAUGCGUCCGGUUUCUAGUGGAAUUCAACAGGACUCACCUUCUUCUCCCAACCCCAUUUUCAACAAUCUCUCCCCGAAUCACCCACAUUCACUUGACCUAUCUCCUGAAAACGGAGGAUUUGAGCGCUUGCUAACUUGGAAGAAUCAGACAUACGGAUUCCCCCCGCAGCAGAUGAACCAAUAUGGCCAGCCCAUGCCAUACGCCUACAAUGCCAUGCCUUACAUGGGACCCCCCCAGCCCAACGCUCAACCUUAUAACCAGACCUUCGUACCUCCCUACCACCAACAGACCCACAGCAUGUCUCGAUCGCCCUCACAGGCUGAGCGAGCUCCCAGCGUCACCCAGCCGAGCCAGCCCACCAUCGUGUCAUCCAACUCACAAGCCAUCAACGCCCAACCAAAGGGUGGAAGCCCCUUUGCUCCCCGCCAAAGGAAGAGCGCCGCAAUUCAAAUUAAAAACCUGGCCGGUGAGGUUGUUGAUACUUCAGCUUUCAAGCAGCCAGCCUCUCCUUCACCCAGCACCCAGCAGACCAAGACUCCUCCCGUCGCCUCAACCCCAACUCCCCCGCAAAAGCCUGACACGCCCACCCACUCUCGUACAGAGAGUCAGUCAGCACACAGGUCAGCCAAGGAGAUCCAGGAUGAGCUCAGGAAAAAGAUUUUGGAGGCUACCCAGAAUCAGCUACUCGCUGCCAAAGAGGAAGAAGAGAAGAAGGACAAAGAGGCUCCUAAGCCUGAUGAGGCCACUCCUGAAGUCAAGUCUGAGACCAAGGUUGAGCCCGUCGAAACCAAAGCCGAGGUAAAGGCUGAAGAAACCAAGGCCGAAGAGCCCAAGGCCGAAGAGCCCAAGGCCGAAGAGCCCAAGGCUGAAGAGCCCAAGGUUGAGGAGCCCAAGGCCGCUGAAGAGGCUCAGAAGCCCGAGGAGCCAGCCAAGGCUGAAACAGAAGACGAGGAGCUUGACCGGAUUAUUGCUGAGAUGGAAGCAGCCGAGGCUAAGCGUGAAGCAGAGGAAGCGGAGCACAAGAAGAAGAGAGAUGCCGAAAAGCUCGCGGCCAAGGCGGCAGAAGAGAAGAACGCCAAGACCAGUGCUGAAGAACAGGACCGAAAGCUUCGAGAACAGGAACGAGAGAUGGAGAGACUCGAAGAAGAGAAGGAGAAGCGACGAGAAGCCGCUGAAGCUUCUGGAAAGACUCUCUCAUUCACUGAAGCUCUUGCUGUGGCUCGUGGCGAAAAGAAGGACGAGUCUGCUGACUCAGUUGCCGAUAAGCUGGGCGACCUGAGCAUUGGAGACAAAUCUGCUGCUGAGGCUGCCGGCCCCAAGGAGAAGCGAGUUGCCAAGCCAGCUGCUCUGAACCUGGCACCCAUCAAGACCGGUGUGGUGGAACCUCCUCAGCCCAGUGCCGCUCUUCAGUCUUUGAAGUCUGCUCGCUUCCUUGCCGUCAUGAACCAAGAUAUCUAUCCCGAAGGAAUCAAGUCUCCCAACCCAGCUCUCAACGCUGCCGUCGCCAAGAAGGGCAAGACUUUCAAGUAUGACGCCGCUUUCAUGCUCCAGUUCCAAAAAGUCUUUACGGAACAGCCAUCACUGCAGUUCCACCAGCAGAUUAAGCAGCUGAUUGGCGAUGGUGAUGGCGGCCGAUCUGCAUCGCGCGGCCAGACCCCCAGCUCAGCCAGACAAGGAUCUCGCGGCGGAGGUGGCUUCCCUGGCGGUUCUUUUGGUGUUCCUGUGGGACGCACUCUGCCUCCUGGAACCACAUCAGCCGAUCGCAUGGCCAUUGCCAGCGGCGCCCUGCCAAGGCCGCAGGUCAACCCGAUGGCAUCCUUCCAGCGUCCUGGCUCUGGAUUCCCCGGAUCAUCCGCCAUGUCUCGCACUUCUUCUCAGAACAUGCGUAACAUGCCCAACUCUCCCCGCCAGUCCAGCCGGUCCACUCGUGGUAGCCGACGCAACGACAACACUGCCAAGGAAGCACAGGCUGCUAAGACCAUGCCUCUCACUGCUGGCCAGGACCUCAAGCCCAUCGUUGUUUCUGCCUCCGGAUGGAAGCCCACUAGUAUCGGAGCCAAGCCCGGUGCCGCAGCUUCUGGCCAGACCUCGCACAUGGAGCCAGAGAUGGUUCAGCGAAAGGUCAAGGCCGCUCUCAACAAGAUGACGCCUGAGAACUUUGAGCGCAUUGCGGAUCAGAUCUUGCUUAUUGCCUCGCAGUCAAAGGAUGAGUCUGAUGGACGAACACUGCGCCAGGUCAUCCAGCUCACCUUUGAGAAGGCUACUGAUGAAGCCCACUGGGCAUCCAUGUACGCCAAGUUCUGCAAGCGCAUGCUUGAGACUAUGAGCCCUGAAAUUCGUGAUGAGAACAUCAAGGACAAGAACGGUCAAGUUGUUAGCGGCGGUAACCUCUUCCGCAAGUACCUUCUGAACCGAUGCCAGGAGGAGUUUGAGCGUGGCUGGACAACCAACCUGCCGGAAGCCCCUGAGGGUGCUGAGGGUGCCGAGGGUGCCGAAAAUAAAUCUGCGGAUGCUAAGCCUACGGAGGCUGUUCUGCUGUCUGACGAGUACUACGCCGCCGCCGCCGCUAAGCGACGAGGUCUUGGUCUCGUUCAGUUCAUCGGAGAGCUGUUCAAGCUGGGCAUGCUCACAGAGCGUAUCAUGCACGAGUGUGUUCGCAAGCUGGUCGACUACCAGGGUGUGCCGGACGAGGCUGAAGUCGAGUCUCUCUGCAAGCUGCUCCGCACUAUUGGUGCCAACCUUGACGAAACCAAGGGCCGUCCUUUGGUAGACGCCUACUUCCAGCGCAUCCAGGGCAUGGUUGACCUGCCUGAACUGCCAAGCCGUAUCAAGUUCAUGCUCAUGGACAUUAUUGACCUCCGUAGAGCCCGCUGGGUCUCGAAGGAGGGCAACAAGGGCCCCAAAACCUUGGACGAGGUUCGCGCCGAGGCCGAAGCUGCGCAAGCUGCCAAGGCUCAGGAAGCCGCACGAAGCAACCAGCGAGGUCCUGGCGGUGGCCGACCUCCCGUUGGCCGUGGCGAUGCUCGCGGCUUUUCUGGAGGCUUCCAGCAGCAGACUAGCAACCAGGUUGGCGUGGAUGACCUGAGACGUCUGAAGGGAUCAUCGAUGAACAGAGCAUCAAGCGGAAAUGUCACUUUGGGCCCCGCAUCCAUGCUCUCCUCUCGUAGCAACAGUGGAAGACGUUUCGGACCUGGUGGCGCUCUUGGCCGCUCUGGUGAUGAUUCCAACAGCUCUUCACGCGCUGGAACUCCUGGCCCAACAAGCUCCAAUGCGUUCAGCUUGCUUGCUACCAUGGAUGGAGACCACCCAGCCUCCCCUCCUUCUGCUGGACCCUCGCCUCUUAUGUCUAAGGCCGUCCCUGCCACUGACAAGAAGGAUAAUGAAUAAAAAAAGUUUUCUUUAUUCUCGGUGUCUCUGCAUUUUGGGGAGGGAAUUAGACUAAAGGCGGGGCUGUUUUUUUUUUUUCUUGCAUUUACAAGGCUUUUAUGCAACGUUUCACUAAAAGUUUGAGCACGCAUUUUACUCGCGAUACCUUUUGCCCCAUAGAUCAUUUGACCAUAACGGGUGG